AAACUUUACUCAAACGAUAACAGAGCGUUCUUCUUUUUCCGACCUCCGAUCCUCGGCUGAGCUCUUCAGAAUUUGAACCCAGCCUCUGUAGAAUCCUGAUUUGAGACUGCCUGAAAAGCCUUUAUCAAGUGAUUGGCAUCAAUCCGCUCUGAUUCAAUUACACCUCAAAGAAGAGGAAAUCGGGACCAACACAAUGGGAAAAGGCUGCCUGACCGUGACCAAGUACUUCCUGUUCUUAUUCAACCUCCUCUUCUUCAUUUUUGGAGCUCUGAUUUUGGGAUUUGGAUUAUGGAUCCUUCUGGAUAACCAAAGUUUCAUUGCAGUUUUGCAAGAAUCCUCGGAUUCUCUGAAGGUGGGCGCCUAUAUCCUGAUCACCGUUGGCUCCUUGGCCACGCUCAUGGGAUUCCUGGGCUGCAUGGGAGCCGUGUAUGAGAUCAAAUGCCUUCUGGGUUUGUACUUCACCUGCCUGCUGUUAAUACUCAUUGCCCAAGUGACUGCUGUAGUCCUCAUUUACUUCCAGCGUGAAACGCUGAAUAAGGAGAUGUCCUCUAUCAUCACAGAUGUGAUUGUGAAAUAUGAAGGCAACAGCACCACUGACAUUGCCUGGGACUACAUCCAGAAGAAUGUUGGCUGCUGUGGCUGGUUGGGCCCUGUAAACUGGGCAGUGAACCCUGUGAUUAAGAACAGCUCCAUGAUGCUCUACCCUUGCUCCUGUGGAAACGGCACAGCGGACAGUGGCUUCUGCAGAAGCGACACCAAAGACUGGCCCGUCCACAGCGAGGGCUGUAUGGCAAAUCUACAGAAAUGGCUUAAUGACAAUGUUGGAGUUAUUCUUGGAAUCUGUAUUGGAGUGGCAGUCAUUGAGAUGAUUGGAAUGAUCUUGUCAAUUUGUCUCUGCAAAAAUGUACACCAGGAAGACUACACUAAAGUCCCCAAGUAUUGAGGCUAUUGAAAUUACCAUGCAAGAGACAUGGAAUUCUGAACCAGGGUUGAGUUGAGGAACCAUUCUGUCUUUUAGUGCUUCAGGUGCUCAUUAGCCAUUCACUGAGAGCAGCUCAUAAAUAACACAUGGGUUGUGGGUCAAUUUCUGUACAUGGACUUUUGGGAAUUGUAGUUUCAGACCUAAUUUUUUUGUUAUAUCAAAGCCUUGAGAAUUUGUCCGAGCCAAUAAGGCCUUCACGGAUGCACCUGUGUAAAUGCUUUUUUUUGUUAAACGUAAAAUAGACUUUGUUUGUUUAAGCACUUCUUUUAGAUUUAUUUUCCCAGAGCACUUUUAAACUGUUGAUCAGUAAUGUAAAGACCUGUCAAGGCUCAGAGCAAUAGCGUGUCAUGUCUGGUUAUUUUUAGCUAUGUUUGAUGAAGACCAAGAGAAAGCAAGCAUCACCCAUUUAAGAACACUGUUUUUACAAGCUGCUUGUUACAUACUGCUGUCGUAACUACUCUCUGCAAAAAAAACAUAAUUGCUGUUGUGAUUACAUAGUUAAUCCACAUAUACUGUAUCAUUAAUCACAUAAGGAAGGCAACAAGGUUGUUUCACUGCCCCUCCACUCAUACUGUUAGAGGGGCUUUUGUCUGGACAGUCGUUGGCAGAAACAUGAUGUUGACUGAAAAGUUUUGCCAUGACAAUGUAAAUGCAAUAAGCAGUUCUAUGAGCUGUAUCACAUACACAAGGGUCAUUGAACAGGAAUUUUUCAAGAUCUCUGUCUGUAACAAUAUAAAGCUCUAACCCUUCAAAUUGCAAAGUUUACUAAAAGCUCCUCUGCAAAAAGAGUCCUCCUGAAAUGUUUUUUUAUUAUUAUUAUUAUUAUUAUUAUUUUUAUUUUUUUUUUUUUGCAAUGGCCCAGCAGUUCUCAGCAGUACCAUGUCUCGGAGGCAUAUUAAUAUACCAUUGCAAUGCUAUUCCAGUCCAUGCAAUACUGUAGUUCUUCCGUUGAGCGUUAGUGUCAUUUUCAUUGUUCCUCUCGGUUUUUGCGAAUACUUGCCAUCAAAAAUCCACUGACCUGACUCGUCUUUAAAUGGUUUGCAUGUUCUUUUUUUGUUUUUAAUAGAUUACUAUAGUUAAGGAUAGCUAAAUCAAGUAUCAGCAGUUAGUCAUUAAGCCUUUUUUUCUGUGUUAACAUUUUUGAGGGGAACAUGCUUGUCAGAUUUUUUCUGUUCUCCCUUAUUGAUUUCCUUAGUAUUACAUAUGCUCUACAGAUUUAUAACCGCCCUAAGAGUGAUUUCAAUAACUGGUAAAGAGACAUUGGCUUUAGUUCUGGUCUUUGUAUGUAUGUGAUGGUUUUGCCAUCAGAGUGAGUGUAACCCAAGCCAUUGAGGUUCAUGUUACUUUGAACCACAAUAACAUGUCAUUGGAGCUUGUGCCUUUUUAAAGGACUAAAACCUAUCGAAAAAAAUGUAUACCUGCUGCCUUGAAUGCAGUGAUAUUUUCAAAACCUUGUCCAGAAAAGUGGUUUAUAUCCCUAUAAUGGGAAAAAUGUAUUUCACUUUUUAAUUUAAUUUGGUACAGUAGAAGGGGGUGCAUAUAGUAGCUCCUGCGUUAACAUUGUUAUAUAUUUACAGGUUUGUAAACUUCAUUUAUUUUAAA